AUGUAUUUGUAUCUUUUGGAACCAACGAACAAUAUGGUCGCAUGUUCAAGCGUACAAGUUGGAUAUUUCAUUGUUGAUGCUCUGGCUUUAUAUCACGGUGUCGUGAUUGUAAUCUCGGCAAAAGUCCACGGCCCAAUUAAUGCCAACGCCAUUCAAUGGCAAAGCUUUGAAGGACAUUUCACAUUUGCAGUAAUGUUGAUGAACCUGAGCCAAAACUUUGCGCGCUGCAUCAUGGUGUCGCUGUACCGUGACGUGUAA